AUGUGGAACUCAUGGGAGAGCUUUUCAGAGUGCUUGGUCAAGGAAUUUGGCUCGACUGAAGUUCCUAAAAUGAAUGAAACUUGUGCAAUUGAUUUGGUUGUCUUAGGGAACUGGGUGGAAAGAGUUUCAAUUGAGAUUAAUGAUGAUAAAUCUUUGGUUGUUCAUGAUGAUUUUAUGAUUGAUGAGUUUCUGUUUACUGGUUAUGAUGACAACAAUGCUCCUUUAGAAUCUUUGGUUCAUAGUUCUGAAAGUUUGAAUAGGGCUAGUGCUACUUUGAUGAGUGCAAUUGUUCACUCUUCUGUUGAUAUGAGUUUGAAUGUAGAAUUUGAUUCGGUGACUUUGGGAUUGAAGAAUAAAAAGCUUGCGCCAGCAGUUGUUGAUCGUAAAUGUGAAGGCAUUAUAGUCCGAAAGUGUUCAAUAAAUGGGAGAAACCUUAUGAGUUUAUUUGCUAUUGAACCAGGAGGAAUGAAAAAUCAUUUUGUUAAGAAUUUUGUGAAUCUAGUUCAUGAAGACAUUGGUGUUGAUAAAUUGAAAUGUGCCGAUGACGGAUUUCUGGGACCAUCUACACAAUGGCCAGGGUUGAGGAUGAUGAGAAUAGCAAAGACAGAAGAGGAGGAAGGCGGUCUUCAGGUGGUAAGGAGGGAGAACGUGUCGAUCCAAGACGAGAUGAGAAAGAUGAUUGGAAUGGUCAUGGAUCGUAGCCCCUUUAUACCAGACAUUAGAGAUGAGCCCAAGCCCCUGGACUUUGACUUUUCCAAAGAUUUCACCAAAUACUCUGGAGAUACUGAUGUCUCCCAAUGGCUACAGGGAUAUGUCCAUGUCAUGAGAAUUAGGAAUGUAUCAUUAAACUUCAUGGCUAAAGCCCUGCCCUCCUAUUUAACCGAGCAAGCGCAGCGGUGGUUUGGACAAUUACUGGAAGGAUGUAUAAUCAGUUUUGAAGAUUUAUCCAUCAAGUUGGCCACUCGUUUCUUCCAUAGUAAGCAAAUCACUCGAAUGUCCAUUGAUCUCUCCUCGAUCAAGCAGGGUCAACAUGAGAGUUUCUCAGAUUUCCACCGGCGUUUCAUCCGAGAAACCCUACAAAUUGACAACAUAGACGAACGAGAUGUUCAGAACGGGUUCAUUCAAGGACUUAAUCCAUUUGGAAAAUCCUCGAUGCUAAGGGUAACGCUCUCAACCAAACCUCCUUGGAAUUCCAAAGAGAUGUGGGCUAUUGUUGAGAAUCAUAUUCAAUGGGAGCAUACACUCAAGCGAUCACAAGAGUCUUUUACGGCAAUCGGGAUGAGGGUCAAGCCCAAAAUUAACAUGAAAAUAGGACAACGUUACCUAAGCUCAAUAGGCAGUUGA